UCGACAAUUUGACAGCUCACUUGUAGAAAAAACUGCGUUCGUGUUGAAGUGGGUGAAAAGCGAAGAGAAUAGGCGUAUUUUUCGGAUUAAAAUCAAUUUCCAUUUAUCUACUAUCACGGAUUUGUGAAAAAAAGUACACCGGCAUUAGGCGUUCUGCAUACAGCAAAGACUUCGCAUAUUCGACUCGCCCAAGAUGACGGACUCGAAGUACUUUACCACCACGAAGAAGGGCGAAAUUUUCGAACUCAAAUCCGAGCUUAACAAUGACAAAAAGGAGAAGAAAAAGGAAGCGGUCAAGAAGGUCAUUGCCAGCAUGACGGUGGGGAAAGAUGUAUCUGCCCUAUUUCCCGACGUAGUCAACUGCAUGCAAACGGACAAUUUGGAGUUGAAGAAGCUGGUCUAUCUGUAUCUGAUGAACUACGCCAAGUCGCAGCCCGAUAUGGCCAUCAUGGCCGUCAACACGUUCGUUAAGGAUUGUGAGGACACGAAUCCACUGAUCCGUGCGCUGGCGGUGCGUACGAUGGGCUGCAUCCGGGUGGACAAGAUCACGGAGUAUCUGUGUGAACCGCUGCGCAAGUGUUUGAAGGAUGAAGAUCCUUAUGUACGCAAGACGGCUGCUGUUUGUGUGGCCAAAUUGUACGACAUUUCUAGCUCGAUGGUGGAAGAUCAAGGGUUUUUGGACCAACUGAAAGAUCUUCUGUCUGACUCGAACCCGAUGGUGGUUGCAAACGCGGUAGCUGCCCUGAGCGAAAUUAACGAAGCGAGCGCUAGUGGGCAACCACUGGUAGAGAUGAACUCUGCCACCAUCAACAAGCUGCUGACGGCACUGAACGAGUGUACCGAAUGGGGACAGGUAUUUAUCCUCGAUUCGCUCGCAAACUAUACGCCCAAAGAUGAGCGUGAAGCUCAGUCGAUCUGUGAACGUAUUACGCCCCGAUUGGCACACGCCAAUGCAGCGGUGGUGCUGAGUGCCAUCAAGGUGCUGAUGAAGCUGUUGGAGAUACUAGCCGGCGAUGGUGAUUUCUGUUCCAUGUUGACUAAAAAGCUUGCGCCACCUUUGGUUACCCUUCUGAGCUCGGAACCGGAAGUUCAGUACGUUGCGCUACGUAACAUCAAUCUGAUCGUGCAGAAGCGACCGGACAUUCUCAAGCACGAGAUGAAGGUGUUCUUCGUGAAGUAUAAUGAUCCGAUCUACGUGAAGCUCGAGAAGCUGGACAUUAUGAUCCGGCUGGCGAACCAAAGCAACAUUGCGCAGGUGUUGAGCGAACUGAAGGAGUACGCCACUGAGGUAGAUGUGGAUUUCGUUCGCAAAGCUGUCCGUGCGAUCGGACGCUGUGCGAUCAAGGUGGAACCGUCGGCAGAACGGUGCGUAUCCACGCUGCUCGACCUCAUCCAGACGAAGGUGAACUACGUCGUGCAGGAAGCGAUCGUGGUGAUCAAGGACAUCUUCCGUAAGUAUCCGAACAAGUACGAGAGCAUUAUUAGCACGCUGUGCGAGAAUCUCGAUACGCUGGACGAACCGGAAGCGCGUGCCUCGAUGGUGUGGAUCAUCGGAGAGUAUGCGGAGCGUAUUGAUAAUGCCGAUGAGCUGUUGGACGGAUUCCUGGAAGGUUUCCAGGAUGAAAAUGCACAAGUACAGCUACAGCUGCUAACGGCGGUGGUGAAACUGUUCCUCAAACGUCCAGCCGACACGCAAGAACUCGUCCAGCACAUUCUUUCCCUGGCCACACAAGACUCGGACAAUCCGGAUUUGCGCGAUCGUGGCUUCAUUUACUGGCGACUGCUGUCGACGGAUCCGGCCGCAGCCAAGGAGGUGGUGUUGGCCGAUAAGCCACUCAUCUCGGAGGAAACCGAUUUGCUGGAGCCAACACUGCUGGAUGAGCUGAUUUGUCACAUUAGUUCGCUGGCCAGCGUGUACCACAAGCCUCCGACGGCGUUCGUAGAAGGUCGUGGUGCUGGUGUCCGGAAAUCGCUUCCGAAUCGUUCGGCUUCAGCUGCUGGCGAGGAUAGUUCCACCGUCCCGGAGGCUACCGUCAUUCCCAACCAGGAAUCAUUGAUUGGCGAUCUGCUUUCAAUGGACAUUGGUGCUCCGGCUGCUCCAGCUGCUCCGGUACCGGCGAGCAGCAAUGUGGACCUGCUCGGCGGUGGUCUGGACAUCCUGCUCGGUGGCGGACCCGCCGCUACCAACGACACAGCACCAGCGACAACAGCUGCAGCGGGCGCAUCUGCUGCCGGUGGGCUUCUUGGGGACAUUUUUGGCAUUGGCCCCGUAAGCACCACAAACAUGAUUCAAAUUCCAAAAAUCACCUGGCUGCCGGCGGAUAAGGGCAAAGGACUCGAAAUUCAGGGUACAUUCUCACGCCGCGCCGGCCAAGUGUACAUGGACAUGACAUUCACCAACAAAGCGAUGCAGGCAAUGACCGGAUUUGCCAUUCAGCUCAACAAAAACAGCUUCGGAUUGGUACCGAGUGCUCCGCUGCAGGUUGCUCCACUACAACCCUCCCAAUCGGUCGAUACGUCCCUUCCGCUUGGUACAACCGGUCCGGUACAGCGCAUGGAGCCGCUAAACAAUCUCCAAGUGGCGAUCAAAAACAACGUAGACAUCUUCUACUUUGCCUGCCUCGUGCACGGAAACGUGCUGUUUGUCGAGGACGGACAGCUGGACAAGCGCGUGUUCCUUACCACCUGGAAGGAAAUUCCGGCCGCUAACGAGAUACAGUACAAUCUGCACGGUAUCGUCGGUACGGCCGAUACGGUAGCGGCCAAAAUGACCGCCAACGACAUCUUUACGAUCGCAAAGCGUAAUGUGGAGGGUCAGGACAUGCUGUACCAGUCGCUGAAGCUAACGAACAACAUUUGGGUGCUGCUGGAGCUGAAACUAUCGCCCGGAAGUUCCGACGCUACGCUUAGCUUGAAAACGCGCUCGGUGGAGGUUGGCGCGAUCAUCUUUGCGGCGUACGAGCAGAUCAUUCGUUCGCCAUAGGCGCCCCGGUUAGGGCGUUAGUGUUAAAAAUUGUUAUAUUCCAUUAGAUUGU